UAUUCUGAUUGGCUACUUUAAGGUCCCUAUUUAAGCCAUGAUGAUGGCCGACUGACUGCAGUUUAAGUAAAGCACCCCAUGUGAAGUUUAACAAUGCAUUUGUUGCAAUGAAGACCCAGUCUUUGGAGUGAAAGAACAUUUAGCACAGAGACGGGAGAGGAGGGAUUGGAAAGCCAUGGAGCUGCCUGAGCUGUACGCUGUCCUCAAAGGAGAGGUGGCAUCAAUAAUGGAAUAUGGUGUCUUCAUCAAAAUCCCAGGCUGCAGGAAGCAAGGUCUGGUCCACAGAACCCACAUGUCGUCCUGUCGAGUGGAGAACCCCGCGGAGAUCGUGGAUGUUGGAGAGAAGGUGUGGGUGAAGGUGAUCGGCAAGGAGAUGCAGGAUGAGAAAGUGAAGCUGUCUCUCUCCAUGAAGGCCGUUAACCAAGGCACUGGAAAGGAUCUGGACCCCAACAACGUGAUCCUAGAACAGGACGAGAGGAAGAGAAGGGAGUUCCGGGAUUACUCCAAGCAGAGGAUCACCCUGGAGGCCGUGCUCAACACUGUCUGCAAGAAGUGCGGCUGCAAAGGCCACUUUGCGAAGGACUGUUUCUCUCAGCCCGGGGGAAUGAAGUACGGCUUGGUGCCAGAGGAGGAGGAGGAGGAGGGACAGGGGGAGGGGCCAGGGCAGCAGCCCAGCCAAUCGGAGAAAGCCCCAGCCAAGAAACGGAAGAAGGAGAAGAAGAUGAAGAAGCAGAAGCACAAGGAGAAGCGAGGCGCCUCGGACUCGGACAGCUCAGACUCCAGCAGCGCUGAAGACACCAAGAGGAGGCGCUCCUCCUCCUCCAAGAAGCAGAAGAAGAAGAAGAAACACAAGAUGCAGAAGCACAAGGGGCACCGGCAUCGGGAUUGAACUCGGGGAGGGAGAGGGGCAGGGGCUGCCUCGCGAUUGAUUCUGUGAAACCAAACCUGACACCCCCCUCAUGUCUUUAAAAAGGAUAAAUUCAAGUAAUGGGACAGGUCUUUAUUUAAAAAGAGGCCAGACAUGUGAACUUAUUAAGAUUUAGAAUUAAACCUGAUAAUAGCUUU